AUGGUGCUGGCUAGCAAGCUUACUCUCGACGUGCGAUCAUGCAUCGGAGCAAAGUCCUUGAGGACCGAAAGACCCCGCAACUCGGCGAUCGGAUCGAAUAAAACGAGUCGCAGACAAACCAAGGUCUCAGCCUCCUCAGACAAGGUGCAAAUUGUCAAACCCAUCAAUGGUGAUCCCUUCAUUGGAAUGCUUGAAACGCCCGUGACAUCCUCGCCGGAUGUUGCGAACUUCCUUUCUAACUUGCCAGCUUAUCGCACUGGUGUUGCUCCUUUACUGCGGGGAGUCGAAGUGGGCCUUGCUCACGGCUUCUUCGUUACUGGACCAUUCAUCAAAUUGGGUCCUCUUCGUUCCACUGAUGCAGCUGAGCUUGCCGGCUGCCUUUCCGGCGCUGGCUUGGUGUUGAUUCUCACGGCUUGCUUGAGCAUUUACGGUGCGACUGCUUUCCAGCGUGAGGAAGUGGUCGGCCUUAAAACGCUGAGUGGCAGAACCAUCGCAAAAGAUCCACUUCAGUCGUCCGAGGGUUGGGCUUCUUUUACGUCCGGCUGGCUUGUUGGCGGUCUGUCCGGUGUUGCUUGGUCUUACGUUCUCACGCAAGUCUUGCCGUACUACUCAUAA